AUGGGGCUCCCUAACUUCACAGCUCUCCGAGACUUGCACAACUCCGCCAACGACCUCCUCGACUCCCCGGAGCUCAUCCAGAAGGUGACCGUCGGCGGCCGGAAGACCCACGAGUCCAAAUGGCUGUACCAAGCCUCAGAAGCCUCCCUAAGAAUGCUCGACGUGUGCGGGGUCUCGAAGGACGUUCUCUCCCUAGUGAAAGAACACCUCCUAGACCUCCAAUUCACCUUACGCGGCCGGGCAUUGUCCCGAAACGACAUCGAAUCAAAAUUUCUCGCCUACAGCGACUGCAGGAAGAAGCUUCGUAAGGAGACAUUGAAGUGCCUCAAGUCGCUGAAAGGGAUGAUGAAGGAGAGCAACAAUCAUCAGCUGGCUGUGGAUUUCUGCGACGAAGAUCUGGCGGUGGUGGCGGAGGUGCUGAGGGAAGUGAGGGGGAGCUCUGUUUCUAUUGUUGAGUCGUUGCUGAGCUUGAUCUCGAUCCCGUGGCUGGAUGACCGGAGCGGCAAAACGGCGUCGUUUGCGGGGAAGCUGAUGCGGCGGCGUAAGGGGAGGGUGGGGGAUUUCUGCGACGAGACGGCGCUGCAGACGGCGAACAAGAGAUUGGAGGCGGUGGAGAUUGCGAUUGAGGAUCUGGGGAGUGAGCUGGAGUGUAUGUUCCGGCGGUUGAUUCAGACCAGAGCUUCGCUUCUCAACAUUCUUACUAAUUAG